AUGUCGGAUCACGACGAAAUGGACGUGGAUGUGCCCAGGGAGGUGCAGUUCGGCGACAAUGCCAGUGGGAAAAAAAGAAUCGUGGCUGAUCUGCCAGUUGAAGCUGAAGAUAACCUGCCAUGGGUUGAGAAAUACCGACCAAACAGCCUGGACGAUGUGUCCGGCCAUCAAGACAUUCUCGCGACUAUCAACCGUUUCGUGGAGACAAAUCGACUGCCCCAUCUCCUCCUCUACGGGCCCCCAGGAACCGGAAAAACCUCCACCGUUCUAGCUCUUGCACGACGGAUUUAUGGCACUAAGAACAUGCGACAGAUGGUGUUGGAGCUGAAUGCAAGUGAUGAUCGUGGUAUUGAUGUUGUCCGAGAGCAAAUCAAGACCUUUGCAAGCACAAAACAGAUCUUCAACAUGGCCCCCCAGGCCGCCGCCGGCUCCUCCUCGCUGGCACAAUUCAAACUUAUCAUUCUUGACGAAGCCGAUGCUAUGACUGCCACUGCACAGAUGGCCCUCCGCCGUAUCAUGGAACGCUACACGGCCAACACCCGAUUCUGCGUCAUUGCCAAUUACACACAUAAGCUGUCCCCAGCUCUCUUGUCCCGGUGUACUCGGUUCCGAUUCAGCCCGCUCAAGGAGGCUGAUAUCCGGUCUUUGGUUGACCAUGUGAUUGAGAAGGAGGGUGUCCGGAUACAACCCGAAGCGGUCGAUAGUCUAGUGACCCUGAGCAAGGGUGAUAUGCGACGAGCCCUGAACGUGCUACAGGCAUGCUUCGCCAGCAGUAUUCCAUUGCCAAUGCGAGAUGCUCCCAAAGCCCCCCGUGGCGAGCCCGAGACGGUCACCAAUGCGACAAUCUACGACUGCAUUGCUGCCCCGCACCCAUCAGAUAUCCAAGAAAUCAUGAUGACUAUCAUCUCCACCAGCGACGUUACCUCCUGUCUAAACACAGUGCAAACCCUCAAAUCCACCAAGGGUCUAGCCUUGGCCGACAUCCUCUCCGCACUCGCAGAUCAACUCCAACAGCUCGAAGUACCGGCCCAAACGCGUAUCACGUGGCUCGAAGGGCUAGCGGAGAUCGAAUGGCGACUUGCUGGAGGUGGUUCCGAGGCCGUUCAAACAGGAGGACUUGUUGGUGUGCUGCGGAAUGGUUGUGAGUUAAUGGGCGACAAGGGUGUUGCAAUGGCAUAG